GAGAGUUCAGUGUAAAUUGUUCGUACAAUAGGGAGUGAGUGCUCGCAGGUAAAUAGAGAAAAAUCCCCCUUUUUCACGCUUUUCCACGCUCUCUGGCAGUGCCGAAGGUGCCACAACACCUGACAGACCUGCUGAGCGCACAUUCAGGUGCUUCCUGGUGCUAAAAACAGCCCAAAGUGGAGACUCCCAGGAUGGUGCGCCUGAACAAGUCAGAGCGGCAGGAUAAGAGAGAACUCCUGGCGAGUUUAAAUCAAGUAGACAGCUUAGGGAAGCCCAUUGACAAUGAAGCCUUCGAGAAUUGCCAUGAACACCUCGAGGGUGCAUCGAAUUCCAACGACACGGAUCUCCUCUUCCUGACCGGUCUCCUCAACUCCACUGCUGUGACCCAGCUUAUAAAGAUUCAAAAGAACUUUGACGAGGAGCCCGUGGAAGUUAUCGAACCCGAACUUCUGGGCGUAAGUGAUAUUCUCUCCGAAGUUGGCCAACACUGUGCACGAUCUUGGAAACCAGAAGCCAGAGAGCUGCUGAAGAUCAUUCGGAAUCCUCACGUAAAGGCUGUUUGUGACACACACGAUCGCGUUGGGAGGAAUUUUGAGGAAUACCGUGAGAAGCAGAAUAUCCAGCCGAUUGUAAGGGACGUGCCAGAAGGUGAUCUACUCAACAACGACAUGCCGGUGGAGACGAUAAAGAUGGUUUGUCUCCGGAGGAACCCAAAUGAACCUCUGGGGCUAACAGUGGAGAUUGAUGAGCACAAACAACUCAUGGUGGCCAGAAUAAUUGCCGGUGGAAUGAUUGAUCGUCAGGGAUUGCUCAAUCCGGGUGAUGUUAUUCUCGAAGUGAACGGUGUACCCGUGAGCACCCCCGAGGAGCUACAGGCACAGAUUAGUGUUGCCAAGGAAUCGGUGACACUGAAGAUUGGACCGAAUUUGGAUGAGGAGAUGAAAUCUGCCAGACUAACCAUGUCUGGUGGCCAGGUAAAGAGUGGGAGAAACUUAGAGCCCGGAAAGAAGAUGACGUGCUACAUGAGGGCUCUGUUUGAGUACGAUCCCUCACAGGAUACUCUUCUACCGUGCCAGGAUAUUGGUUUGCAAUUCCAUCAUGGAGAUAUUCUGCAGAUUAUCAAUGUUAAGGACCCCAAUUGGUGGCAGGCAAAGCAUGUGGGCACCGAGGGUCCCAUUGGAUUGAUUCCAUCGCAAGAGCUGGAGGAACGGAGAAAGGCCUACGUACAUCCGGAAGCUGACUAUGUGCACAAGAUUAGCAUCUGUGGCACGAAGAUUUCCAAGAAGAAGCGCAAAACAAUGUACAAGAGCAAGUCAAAUAAUGACUUUGACAAAGCAGACCUCAUUUUCUACGAGGAAGUCACAAAGAUGCCACCAUUCCAGCGAAGGACUCUCGUUCUUGUUGGGGUUCAAGGUGUUGGCAGGAGGACACUGAAGAAUCGUCUCAUUAACAGCGAUCCCACAAAAUUCGGCACAGUUACGCCACACACCACACGUCCUCCACGUGUCCUCGAGGAGAACGGCAAGGGGUACUGGUUUGUCGAUCGGGAGCACUUUGAGGAGGAAUUGCACAACAACAACUUCCUCGAGCAUGGGGAACACAAUGGGAAUCUCUAUGGCACACACUUGGACUCCAUUAGGGAUGUCAUCAAGCAAAACAAAAUGUGCGUCUUGGACUGUGCCCCGAGUGCACUGAAACUCCUCCACAACAGUCAGGAAUUCAUGCCAUUUGUUGUGUUCAUCGCAGCUCCGGGAAUGGAGCAGCUCAAGCAAAUCUACGCUGAACGGAGAGCAACGGGUGGUUCCCAGAGGAAUCUCGCGUUUGAUAGGCAGAGUUCCAUCCGGUACAGCUCGAGACGGGCACGAACCCUGGAGUCCCUUGCAUCACUCUACGAGGAUGAUGAUCUUGUCCAAGCAGUGGAGGACAGUGCACUGCUACAGAGGAAGUAUGAGAAAUAUUUGGAUCUCGUGAUCGUAAAUGAGGACUUUGACAUUACUUUCCGCAAAGUAAUUGAGGCCCUCGAUGAAUUGGCCCAUUCACACCAAUUUGUUCCCGUCAAUUGGAUCUACUAAAAAGGCUUCCGCCGCCGAAGGACCCCAAAGGGAUGGAGUGCAACGUGCGGAAAUAUCCGCAGAUAAAAUGUCUUUUUUUAAUUAAUGUGGCAGCUUUUUGAACGGAACGCUGUAGUUCAAAUUAGUGGCAUUUUUUCACAUCAUUUUUUUAUGUUCGUCCAGCAUUAAUCGUAUUAUAAAUAUAGUAAAAUGAAUCUCUACUUCAAGGCUCUCUCCAAGGGAGUUUUUUUGUACCGUGUAUGUAGAACAUAAGUAUUUUUUGUCUCGAAUUUGUAGUUUUUUUUUUUCAAUAAAUAUUGCUUCUAAGAAAA